AAGAAAGUAUGUGAUUGGUUGAUUUGUCAUUGUCAAUGAAAUGAAAGAAAGUUUGUGAUUGGUCAAGUUGUCAUUGUCAAUGAAACAAAAGAAAGUUUGUGAUUGCAUGGUCAAGUUGUCAUUGUCAAUGAAAUGAAUGAAAGUUUGUGAUUAGUCAAGUUGUCAUCAAAGAAAUGAAAUAAGUUUCUGAUUAGUCGAACUGUCAUUGUCAUCAAUAUGAAAGACAUGAUUAGAAGUAGAGUUUGGGCUGUUACUGGCAUCAGAGGUUACACAGCUGUUUUGUGAUUGAGCUGGUUCUGUGAAAGCAGAUUUGUGAAGUCUCCAAAUAUCUGUAAGGUUUGUGUAAGAAUUUCAAAAAAUAGGCAUUGCUCUAUAUCAUAUAGACAUCUUAUGAGUGUAUAUCUCUUAUAAAACCUUAUUUGACUGAGUAUCUCUCUUUAAGACAUUAUUUGACUGAGUAUCUCUCUUUAAGACAUUAUUUGACUGAGUAUCUCUCAUUAAGACAUUGUUUUAAUGUAUCUCUCUUUAAGACAUUAUUUGACAGUUAUCUCUCUUUAAGACAUUGUUUUAAUGUAUCUCUCUUUAAGACAUUAUUUGACUGAGUAUCUCUCAUUAAGACAUUGUUUUAAUGUAUCUCUCUUUAAGACAUUAUUUGACUGAGUAUCUCUCUUUAAGACAUUGUUUUAAUGUAUCUCUCUUUAAGACAUUAUUUGACUGAGUAUCUCUCUUUAAGACAUUGUUUUAAUGUAUCUCUCUUUAAGACAUUAUUUGACUGAGUAUCUCUCAUUAAGACAUUAUUUGAUUGUGUAUCUCUCAUUAAGACAUUAUUUGACCGUGUAUCUCAUUAAGACCUUACUUGACUGUGUAUCUCUCUUUGAGGCCUUAUUUGACUGUGUUUCUCAUAAAUAAGACAUUAUUCGACUGUAUAUCUCUCAUUGAGACCUUAUUUGACUGUUUCUCAUUAAGACAUUAUUUGACUGUAUAUCUCUCAUUAAGACAUUGUUUUAAUGUAUCUCUCAUUAAGACAUUAUUUGACUGUGUAUCUCUCAUUAAGACAUUUUACUCUGUAUCUCUCAUUAAGACAUUUUACUGUGUAUCUCAUUAAGACAUUAUUUGAUUGUGUAUCUCUCAUUAAGACAUAAUUUUACUGUAUAUCUCAUUAAGACAUUUUACUGUAUAUCUCAUUAAGACAUUUUUCUGUGUAUCUCAUUAAGACAUUAUUUGACUAUACACCUCUGGUUUGAUGGAGAUUCAUCUUAGUUAAUUGUUUACAAAGUUUGAAUAAUGAACUUGAUGGUUUUUUCUCUCUAUAUGUUUUGAUCAGAAAGGAGAAACACUUAAUUCAUUCAAAUUCCAAAGAUGAUAGUGAAAUAUUGAUAGGCUUGAAGUUUUAAAUGUUUAGUAUUCAUGCCAGUUAUAAAGGUACUGGUGUUUGGAAAUCAGCAUUCUCUCAAUGUUUCUUGAAAGCUUUGAUUAAUAUAUUUACUUCAUACCAUAAUCUUCACUAUUCUACAUUUGGUAUAACCUUUAUCAAAUACAGUUCAUCCUCAGGAGGAGGAUCCAGUUAGGACUUUCCUUAUGUAGAAGACUAUUGGAUUUUCCUUAUGUAGAAGUCUGUUGAAUUUUCCUUAUGUAGUAGUCUGUUGGAUUUUCCUUAUGUAGAAGUCUAUUGGAUUUUCCUUAUGUAGAAGACUAUUGGAUUUUCCUUAUGUAGAAGUCUGUUGGAUUUUCCUUAUGUAGAAGUCUGUUGGAUUUUCCUUAUGUAGAAGACUAUUGGAUUUUCCUUAUGUAGAAGACUAUUGGAUUUUCCUUAUGUAGAAGACUAUUGGAUUUUCCUUAUGUAGAAUUCUAUUGGAAUGUCCUCACUUGUAAGUCUGACAAGGGUCGCUGCCUGCUUUUUAUAAGCCAAUAUUAAAGUCAUGGUGAAAUUAAACAUGGCUACCUGUGCUAAUGUUACUCUCAAUAAACGUAUCUCAUCUGUACUACUGUAAACUUUGACCAUAUGUCCAUAGUGUGAACUUUCAGCAUGUCUGCUUUUUUCACACACUUCUCUUCGCUCAUGUUAACAUUGAAUACAUGUUAAUGAAAAAGUUGCAUAUUGAUAUAUGUUCAUGUGAAUUUUGAACAUUGUCAACAUGAACACAUUUUAGGUCUGUCCAAAUGUGAACUUAAAUGAACACACAUAUCUGUGAUACCUGUUGUAGUGGGAGUAUUAAAUGUUUGUCUGAUGAAUGUGUAAAUGUACCAGACCAAGUCUGAUGUAAACCAGACCGAGUCUGACUUGUACCAGACCGAGACUGAUGUGUACAAGACAGAGACUGAUGUGUACCAGACCGAGUCUGAUGUGUACCAGACCGAGACUGAUGUGUACCAGACCGAGUCUGAUGUGUACCAGACCGAGACUGAUGUGUACCAUAUUGAGUCUGAUGUGUACCAUACCGAGACUGAUGUGUACCAGACCGAGUCUGAUGUGUACCAGACCGAGACUGAUGUGUACAAGACAGAGACUGAUGUGUACCAGACCGAGACUGAUGUGUACCAGACCGAGUCUGAUGUGUACCAGACCGAGUCUGAUGUGUACAAGACAGAGACUGAUGUGUACCAGACCGAGACUGAUGUGUACCAGACCAAGUCUGAUGUGUACCAGACCGAGACUGAUGUGUACCAGACCAAGUCUGAUGUGUACCAGACCGAGACUGAUGUGUACAAGACAGAGACUGAUGUGUACCAGACCGAGACUGAUGUGUACCAGACCGAGUCUGAUGUGUACCAGACCGAGUCUGAUGUGUACAAGACAGAGACUGAUGUGUACCAGACCGAGACUGAUGUGUACCAGACCGAGUCUGAUGUGUACCAGACCGAGACUGAUGUGUACCAGACCGAUUCUGAUGUGUACCAGACCGAGACUGAUGUGUACAAGACAGAGACUGAUGUGUACCAGACCGAGACUGAUGUGUACCAGACCGAGUCUGAUGUGUACCAUACCGAGACUGAUGUGUACCAGACAGAGUCUGACUUGUACCAGACCGAGUCUGAUGUGUACCAGACCGAGACUGAUGUGUACAAGACGGAGACUGAUGUGUACCAGACGGAGACUGAUGUGUACCAGACCAAGUCUAAUGUGUACCAGACCGAGUCUGAUGUGUAUCAUACCGAGUCUGAUGUGUACCAGACCGAGUCUGAUGUGUACCAGACCGAGACUGAUGUGUACCAGACCGAGUCUGAUGUGUACCAUAUUGAGUCUGAUGUAAACCAGGCCGAGUCUGACUUGUAGCAGACAGAGUCUGAUGUGUACCAGACCGAGUCU